AUGGGAAGCGCCACCUUUGCGUCAACCCUCGUCCGCAUGGCCCAGAGGUGCACGUGCAUGCGCGACCUGAAGCUCCUCCACGCGCACGCGUUCCGCACGCGCCUCCACGACCACGCAGUGGUCCUCGGCAAACUAUUCCGCUUCGCCGCGGUGUCGCCGUUGGGCGACUUGUGCUACGCUCACCGCAUGUUCGACAUAAUGCUCAAGCGAACCACCUUCUUCUACAACACCCUCAUUCGCGCUCACUCCCAUUCCACCACUCCUUCUCUCUCUUCCCUCUUCUUCAACGCCAUGAGGCAAAACGACCUCUCCCCGGAUCAGUUCUCCUUCACCUUCUUGCUCAAGUCCCGCUCAAGAACCACCCAUUUGACCCACCACAACGACAUACAUGGCGCUGUUUGGAAGUUUGGGUUUUGCCGUCACUUGCACGUCCAGAACGGGCUGAUACACUUAUAUGCCCAUAGGGGGAUGACCCUUUUAGCAAGAAGGGUUUUUGAGGAUCUUUUGCACCUGGGUUUGGAGGUUGAUGUUGUGUCCUGGUCGGGGUUGCUUGUGGCGCACGUAAAGGCUGGUGAGUUGGACGUUGCGAGGAGGGUGUUUGAUGAAAUGCCCCAGAGGGAUGUGGUUACGUGGACUGCCAUGUUGUCGGGGUAUUCUCGAGCGAGGCGACCCAGGGAUGCUCUGGAGUUGUUCCGGGAGAUGAGGCAUGCCGGGGUGUGGCCUGACGAGGUUACCAUGUUGAGCGUGAUCUCAGCUUGUGCAACUUUGGGAGAUGUAGAGACAGGGAGGAUGGUUCACCGGUUCGUUGAGGAGAAUGGAUUUGGGUGGAUGGUUGCGCUUUGCAAUGCGCUCAUUGACAUGUAUGGGAAGUGUGGAUGUUUGGAGGAGGCAUGGUGCGUGUUUCGUGGGAUGACAAGGAGGAGCUUGAUCACAUGGAACUCGAUGAUGACUGUGUGUGCGAACCAUGGGAAUGCUGAUGAUGCUUUCAGGUUGUUUGAAUGGAUGGUUUGUUCCGGGUUUGUGCCUGAUUCUGUGACACUUCUGGCGCUUCUGGUUGCGUUUGCUCAUAAGGGGUUGGUGGAUGAUGGAAUUAGAUUGUUUGAGAGAAUGGAAAGGGACUAUGGAGUUGAACCUAGGAUUGAGCAUUAUGGAGCUGUGGUGGAUAUGUUGGGGCGUGCAGGGCGAUUACAGGAGGCUUAUGAUAUACUUACAAAUAUUUCGAUUCCAUGCAAUGAUGUUGUUUGGGGAGCUCUACUUGGAGCUUGCAGGAUUCAUGGUGAUGUUGACAUGGGGGAAAAGAUUAUAAAGAAGUUGUUGGACUUGAAACCAGAUGAAGGAGGAUACUAUAUUCUCCUGCGUGAUAUCUAUGUUGCUGCUGGCAAGACUGUAGAAGCCAAUGAGAUGAGGCAAGCCAUGUUAACUAGUGGGGCAAGGAAAAAUCCUGGUUGUAGUUGGGUGGAAGGAUGA